UAGUUAAAUAUCUGAUCCCCCAGUGACACAGAAAGAAAGAGAGUCAGAGAGAUCGAAAAUGGUGACUAAUACUGAAGUGAUAUCUCCCGCGAGCAACGGCGUUGACGGAGGAUGCUGCAAGUCAGGUCCUGGUUACGCGACGCCACUCGCCGCCAUGUCUGGUCCAUCGGAAAAGCUCAUCUACGUCACCGCCGUCUACAGUGGAACGGGACGAGAGAAGCCUGAUUACUUGGCCACGGUGGAUGUUGAUCCAAACUCACCAACAUAUUCAACCGUCAUCCACAGGUUACCAAUGCCUUUUCUGGGUGAUGAGCUUCAUCACUCUGGCUGGAACUCUUGCAGCUCUUGCCAUGGUGAUGCUUCUGCUGACCGACGUUUUCUCGUCUUACCAUCCCUUAUAUCUGGUCGCAUCUAUGCGAUUGAUACAAAGGCAGACCCGAGGGCACCUUCUCUGUACAAGUACGUGGAUCCUAAAGAGAUUGCUGAUAAGACUGGACUGGCUUAUCCACACACAGCUCAUUGUCUUGCCUCUGGCGAAAUCUUGGUGUCCUGUCUUGGAGACGAAGAGGGAAACGCCAAGGGGAAUGGGUUUCUUCUUCUCGACUCUGAUUUCAACAUCAAGAGCAGGUGGGAGAAAGAAGGACAUAGUCCCUUGUUUGGUUAUGACUUCUGGUAUCAACCGCGGCACAAGACGAUGAUAAGCACUUCUUGGGGAGCACCUAAAGCCUUCACCAAAGGUUUCGAUCUCCAACACGUUGCUGAUGGCUUAUACGGAAGUCAUCUCCAUGUUUACAGUUGGCCUGGAGGUGAAAUGAAACAGUUAAUCGACCUUGGACCAACUGGCAUGUUACCUUUAGAGAUAAGAUUCUUGCAUGAUCCGUCUAAAGAUACAGGGUACGUUGGGGGUGCUCUGUCGAGUAAUAUGAUAAGAUUUUUCAAGAACAGUGAUGAAACAUGGGGCCAUGAGGUGGUUAUCCAAGUUAAACCACUGAAAGUAGAGAACUGGAUUCUACCAGAAAUGCCAGGGCUUAUCACCGACUUCUUGAUCUCCCUCGAUGACCGGUUCCUCUACUUUGUGAACUGGCUUCAUGGAGACAUUCGUCAGUACAACAUUGAAGACCCUAAAAACCCUGUCUUAACCGGACAGAUAUGGGUGGGAGGUUUACUACAAAAGGGCAGUCCUGUCAAGGCUGUUGGAGAAGACGGUAACACUUUCCAAUAUGAUGUUCCUCAGAUCAAGGGGAAAUCUCUAAGAGGAGGACCUCAAAUGAUCCAGCUAAGCCUCGAUGGGAAACGAUUGUAUGCAACAAACUCGCUCUAUAGUGCAUGGGAUCGUCAGUUUUACCCGGAACUCAUGGAGAAAGGAUCACACAUAAUACAGCUUGAUGUUGAUACAGAGAAAGGUGGUCUCUCCAUAAACCCUGAUCUCUUUGUGGACUUUGGUGAUGAACCAGAGGGUCCUGCGCUUGCCCAUGAGAUGAGGUAUCCAGGUGGAGACUGCACUUCCGAUAUUUGGAUUUGAGUCUGGCCUGUUUAUAUGGUGAAUUGUUAAGCUACGCUUAAACUGAGUUUUUAUUAGUUUGUUGAAUAAAAAGCGUAAGUAAUAAGAGGUCCCUAUAUUUCGUGUGUUGAUGGUGUGUAGACAAUUUAUACUUUGUUCGUAAACUUGGACUCCUAAUAAUGCUUUGUAAUAAAACUUUCUACAUUUCGAGUAA